CUUGGGUAAUGAUGAAUUGAAGAAGAAUGAUGAAGAAGAUCAUAUGCACAUGUUGACUGUGAUGAACCCUCGUUGUUUGCCGAUGAUAAAGAAACUUAGGUUAAAGUUGGAAAUGAAGAACCAAGUUCUGAUCCCUCUUUUGAAACUGAUAUGGAUUGUACUAUUGAUCCUCCCUUGUCGAGUGAUGAUACUUUAUCCGAGGAUACCCCUAUUAUUACUAAUCUUGCUCUUUCAGGUCCUCCCCCAGAUGAGGAUCACGAUGGCUUUACACAGGUGAAGACAAAGAAAAAUAGAAGCAAUUGCAUAAAGCCUCUAAACGGAACUCUUGAAGCCGCACCAAUCUUCUACGAGGUGGGCUACACAUCACAUCCAAUGGUCACAAGAAGUCAAUCACGAUAUCCUCAACAUAAAUAUGACUAUUACAUUUACCGGAUUGAUGCGAGGUUGGACUCUUCACACAAACUUGCUACGUUCCUUCAACAUUACAAGUCUUCUCACCCGGAAGCAAAGACCUAUCAACACUUCUCCGAAAGGCAAUUCAAUUCCAUAACAGAUACAACAGAUCUAUUUCAGCUACAAUAAGGAUUCCCUCUAAGAACUUCAAUUGUUAAUUUCUUGUUUUUUAUUUUAUUUUAUUUUUUGUUUUGAUUGUAUGUUUUUUAUCUCUUGUAACCUGAACUUUCCCUUUUAUUAAUAAAUUCAACCAUGCUUGAUGUACUCACUCUUAUACCCACCUUAUACUCACCAUGUUUGUGAAGUGUUAUUUUUGUCUGUGAACCGGGGUUCACAAACAAAAUAUUGUCUGUGAACCGGGAUUCACAGACAAAAAAAAAACACUUCACAAACAUAGAUGGAUACAAAAGUGGAUAUAGGAGUGGACACAAAAAACAUUUUUGUAAUAAAUUUUGGUCGUGUUCCCGGGCAAUCCCACCACCACGUGUUGUUUACUUCGGAACCAAAAAAAAUACUCAAUCACACUUACUUUUUCUAAAAGUUACAAAUUUAUAUGGCGUGCCCAAAUUAGAGAACUUUCAAAUAUAAAAGGAGUACUAAUUAUAAAAGAGUAUACAAAAUGAUGGAAAUACAAAAAUUCAAAUUUCGGUUUCAAGGAUGGGGGCUUUAAUCUAUUCAAAGACAAAAAAUUCGGUAUGAAUGCAUUAUUUGAUAGCUAAUGGAAAAGUAAGUUUCUCUCAUCAAAAAGAGGUUACACGUCUCAUUAUUUUGUGCAGAUUUUGAUCAAACAGGCACCAAUUGUAGAUCUGACCGACACCAGUUCUCUCGCAACACCUGAUUCCCAUGUUCUGUACAAGCCGACACAAGUUUGUUCUCGACAUCUCAAAGUCAAAAUAUUACAUAUAACCGACACCGAUUACAAAGCCAAUUUUUUCCAGGGAUUUUGGAGGCGUUAGGCCUACAAAUUUGGACGUAAUUUCUUCAACAAAGUUGUAAUUAAACAAGUCUUCCAUCUCCCAAUGUCUUCUUUUUGUUUGUUUAAAACCCAUUUAAUGGUUCUUUGUAAUUGAAUAUUUGGAUUGUUAAAAUAAGGGUAAACUAACAACUUAGGAGGAUGAAGUAUGAAACUGAGCUUUUGUUUUAAAUUUGUACACUGUAUCUUUUUUAUAACUUUGAAAAAUUGUCACAAUCUUGGAGUAAAAGAUAGUUUCUAGCGUAAGAAAUAUUUUAAUUAAUUUAAUAAUAUGUGAGUAAAAAAAUGUUUCUCAAUCAAAACCCGAGAAAGAAAAAAUUUAGCCACGAGAACGAUCAGCUAGAGCUAAUACAUGAUAAAAUGCCAUCACGUCAGCCAUCAACAUGUUAUAACUGUCAUCACCUCAUUCUCCAAGGUCCAUCAAUGGAUAUUGUGAAUUCUAGAAUAGAUUAAACAAAAAAAACACAUAAAAAGGGCAAAAGUAUGAUUUUCACUGCAAUUAGAAGACAUUUCAAUCAAUCAGCACUCAACACCACAAAUACUUGUGAUAAUAUAAGUUGUUUUAUAGUGUGAAUUAUAGAUUAGAUUAAACAAAAAAAUACAAAAAAGGGCAAAAAGUCUGUAGUUUUAACAACCACUAUCUACUAUCUAGGCAAAGCGGUCAAGCAUAAGAAUGAUCAGCUAGAGCUAAUACAUGAUAAAAGGCAAUCAUAUCUGCCAUCAAUGGUAUAUUUUCUCAUCAUUUCAUUCUUAAAGCGCCCACAAUGAAAAAAAAUCAGGAAACAAUAUGGCGUAGAUCUAUCUAAUAAUUGAUGAAUUUCUACGAAACUUUCAACCAUUUCAUAUUUUAAAACAGAGCUUUAUAUGUUUUCAACAGCUAAUUAUCUCAACUCACAGAAUAACCACUCUGAAAAAGGGAAAAACAAUAGAAAUGAUACAAAAAAAACAAAGAAUAAUAAACUUAAAAGAGUAAAGAACCUAUUACAGUUAAACAAAGAAUGAUCAGUCAGUACGAAUACUUGUAAUGCCAUCAUAGCAGCAAUCAAGAUUUUGACAAUAAUCAUCAUCUCAUCCUCUAUCACUGAAAUCAUGAAACAAAAAUUGGUGCAGUAUCUCUUUGACCUAAUCCAAUCCCCAUAGAAUAGAUUAUUUUUGUAAAACAAUCUACAAGUAAAGAAGCGAACGCAAAUCGCACAAAAAAUGCAACUUUCCAGCAAAAAAACAAAGGGAAACGCAAAUACAACGUCAUAAGUUUUGCAGGUUUCAAAGAAUGAAUCAGACGUACUGUAUUCAUGAAAAGCUAUCGUAGUAGAUCCAACCCUGAGAUAAACAAAAACAGUUAUACACAGAACUACAGCUGAGAAGCGCGAGUAUACUCAUAUACCGCCUAGGGCAAACGCGGGUUGUCUAAUUGGGUAAGGACGACAAAAUUGUGUAUUCUGCUAGCCUAUCGGGUUUGUCUGACCUUGUGGCCCAAACUGA